UCUGCACUUGUUCUGGUAGCUGUUUAGCCGUGGCCGUUGCUGAUCAGCACAUCUCUCUCCCUGCCUUUCUCUUUCUUUUGUCUCCAUGACAACUAGCCAUAGUCGACAUCAAAAUCACUGUACACCUGAGGCGUCUGGGCCCACCCACACCUGGCUCUAUGAGGAAUUCAGACAGGAGGCGCUUUGACAGCCAACUGGAGGUAAGAGACAACCUGACAAAGAGAGCAGAGGAAGAGAGGAGGAAGAUGAGAAAGUGACAAUUUGGAUCGGCGUAUUCUGAGUGCUGGAAGACGGUUUAAGAGCGACUCUGAGACUACACAUCCCAUCAUCCCACAGGACCCAGAACUGAUUGGAUGGUUUAGUCAUUAUGACAGCCGAAGACCCUGCUUCCUCCUUGACCAUGAGCAACAACUCUACCCCCUCCAAACCCUCCAAGUCCUUCGGCGCCUCCCACCAUCCCCUCCAAGGACAGAGUAAUGUCCCAGAGGGAAUCGCAGGUGCUCCUAAUGAGUCUGCGCUCAUGAACUUGAUGGAGCGCACUGGCUACAGUAUGGUACAGGAGAACGGUCAGCGCAAAUAUGGGCCCCCUCCUGGUUGGAGUGGUCCAGCUCCUCUUCGAGGCUGUGAAAUCUUUGUUGGCAAGAUCCCACGAGAUGUUUAUGAAGAUGAACUGGUUCCAGUGUUUGAGUCUGUUGGCCGCAUCUAUGAGAUGCGUCUGAUGAUGGACUUUGACGGGAAAAACCGAGGAUACGCGUUUGUGAUGUACACAGAAAAACACGAAGCCAAGAGGGCCGUGAGGGAGCUCAAUAACUACGAGGUGCGACCUGGGCGGCUGCUGGGGGUCUGCUCCUCCGUGGACAACUGCCGUCUCUUCAUAGGUGGCAUUCCCAAAACCAAGAAGCGUGAGGAGAUCCUGGAAGAGGUUUCUAAGGUGACAGAAGGUGUAUUAGAUGUGAUAGUUUAUGCUAGUGCUGCAGACAAGAUGAAGAACCGUGGCUUUGCCUUCGUGGAGUAUGAAUCACAUCGCGCAGCUGCAAUGGCUCGCAGGAAGUUGAUGCCCGGGCGAAUCCAGCUUUGGGGUCAUCAGAUUGCAGUGGAUUGGGCGGAGCCAGAGAUAGAUGUAGAUGAAGAUGUCAUGGAAACUGUGAAGAUCCUUUACGUUAGAAACCUAAUGAUGGAGACCAGCGAGGAGACGAUUAGAAAGAUCUUCACCCAGUGGAACCCCGGCUGUGUGGAGCGUGUGAAGAAAAUCCGCGACUAUGCUUUCGUGCACUUUUCGUCUCGAGACGAUGCUGUGCUGGCAAUGGAUCACUUGAACGGCACAGAGAUCGAAGGGUCCUGCAUUGAAGUGACGCUUGCCAAACCGGUUGACAAAGAGCAGUACUCACGCCAGAAGGCCUCCAAAGGGGGGGUUUCUGCCACCCCUGAAGCCACCCAGCAGAGCUACAUCUACCAGUGUGACCCAUACACAUUGGCCUACUAUGGCUAUCCUUACAACACGCUUAUUGGGCCCAACAGGGACUACUUUGUGAAAGGAUCCCCAAUGAUACAGAACAAUGCAGGUACUGUGAGAGGUCGUGGCCGAGCUGCUUCAGGUAAUCGCACCCCUGGACCUCGGGGGUCGUACCUCGGGGGUUACUCUGCCGGUCGUGGCAUCUACAGUCGCUACCAUGAGGGCAAGACCAAACAGCCCGAAAAGCCCUAUGAACUGAUGCCCAGUCUGGAAAUUGCUGCCUCCGUCAACGCAGUUGGCAUAAAACCUGGCACAAUGGCGCUGCCAACGCUGGGUGCACAGUACCCAGUGUUCAGCGCUGCUCCUGCAGCCAAGCUGAUAGAGGAGGGGAAGGUGCACGCGGUGGAGCACCUCAUUAACCCGCUUGCCAUGCAGCACCCUGAACACAACACUGCCACUGCUGCUGCUGCCACCGUCCUGCCUGCUGUGUCCACCCCUCCGCCCUUCCAGGGCCGUCCGAUCACUCCUGUCUAUGCCAUGGCCCACAGCGUUCAGCGCAUCCCAGCAGCCAGCGGCCUUUAUAGCGCCGGGUAUGUCCCCAUCACAAACUACACUGCCAACACGGCUGCUCUGGCCGCUCUGCAGAAGAACGCGGCCGUGGCGGCUGCAGCGUAUGGAGGUUACGCCGGCUACGCCAUGCCACAGGCUUUCCCCACCGCAGCCUUCCAGCUGCCCAUCCACGACGUCUACCAGACAUACUGAGGCUCAGAACAAAGCGUCCGUUGACUGAAUCUGAGCAGUCUACGACCCUCCAUGAAGAAAAAUCUUGUCAACUUGAGCUCUCAAACUCUGUAGCAAAAAUUUAGACCACAGGCAACGAUGCAUUGACAACUUGGCCUCUAUCCAUCAUUGUUCUCCUCAGUAGAUCCUGGACCAGCCCAACUAGACAGCGUCACUCACCUCUUCUGAAUAAACCACGUCAAAUAUCCCCCAGAAUGCAACAACAACCAAGACGACACUCGAAACACCCAGCCACUUUGUUGCUCUGGCAGCAGGAACAAAUUAGGUACUUUUUCAAUAUUUAUGAAAAGAAUACUCAUCAUUAAGGCUUUAUCCUUUGUGUUUUUUUUUCUAUUUUGUGGUGUAGUUCUUUACACUAGCUUUGUAAAAACUGAAAACAAGAAGUAAAUUAGAAGGAUGAAAAGAUAAGCAGGAGCUACUGAUAAAUGAGGAUCCCAGUGUCUUUGGUUAUACUAACUUUGUCUUGUCAUGUUUUAUCAUUAAUAUUAUUAUUAUUAAUACAUAGUAUUGUAGUUUUACACGCUGUGGGUGAUGCUGUCCGUCCAUGCUGGUUAAAUGUGUUUGCUUUGAAAACUGCCGUUUGGUACUUUCGUCUUGUUUUGGCUGUUUUAAGUGAAGGCUUUAGGUGUCGUGGGUGUGAAUAGUUCCUAAAACUCGUUUCCUGAUUCUUUUUGGCCGUUCUCUGAAAUCUCCAAGGUGACAGAUUUCCUUUGAGGACAAAUAAGAGAAGAAAAAAACCUUAAAUAAAAACUAAAACAAACUGGGAGGCCUUUUGAAACAUUGCAUUUUGAUGUUUCCCAUCUUUAGAACAUGUGCUGAUAGGGGGAUAAGACUGAAUAAAUGUUUGUUUUUUCAAGGUUUUGUAUAUUUUUAUUGUAUUUGAAUUGCUCAACUAUUUUAAGGUGAACAAAACAUAGAAACUGUUUUCUUUCUUCAUUGCUCUGUAAGAAACGAGUUGCUCCGCAACCUAAACACCUCCAAGUUCCCAGCAUGAAGACUCUGUGCUCGACUACAGUGCCUUACGUGCUUUGUGCCUUUUAAAGAUGGUGGAGAACUCAGAUCUGUGCACAUAAUCUGAAUCUUUUCCUUUCGUUUUCUGUAACAAGCUGUAUUUUUAUUCCUGUUGCAUCACAGAAGCAAAUCCAAACGUCUGGGGUCUGUCUUCUGAAAUCUCCUUCAGUAACACUCCAAUCUUUUUAGUUUUUGUCCCCCAAACUGUGCUCAACUGAUGUGCACUUACUUACGAGUGGAAGGAGACGGCCACUUUUCACAUGAAGACAUUUUCAACAAAGAGCAUGAUCUCAUGGGUGGACGCGGAGUGUUUUCCACUGCUUUGCGAGUGAACUUGUUAUUUCUAUUCAAACAGAGCAGAAGAUAAUUUAAAAAAUGCCUCAGAAUCAUUUGUUGGCACUUGUAAAACGACGUUGUGAUGACGAGAAGUGUAAAACUUUAGCAAUACCUCAAUGUGAAAUAUGCAAGUAGCCAUACAACGUCCUCUGUGCAGUGAAACCCUAAAAUACUUCAUGUUGCUGCUGACAAGCUCUCAGUUUCACAAAUAGAAAACGAUUUAAAAAGAACCUUUUGUUCAAACCCAAUCCUCGUCCAGUUUGUCAUUUUUAAGCUUGUGAGACUGUUGUGACAUCAUGAAUCUGAAUUUCUGUAUUUUGAGAGACUAAGUUAUUGCUCCGAGAGUUGAAAUGGGAAGUGUAACGGUCCAUAUUUGUCUGAAUGUCUAAUCUCACUCCAUGUUGUCUCAGUCUAAACUGGAUUAUUAUGUAGAGAACUAACUGCUGUUAUCUGCUUUUAUUACGAUGGCAGGAAGUCAGGAGAUAUAUUUAAUAUAUGCAUUACAGUUGUUAUGUAUGAAGUAAAAAAGAAAAGGUAUAAUAUAUUCAGAAAACAUAUUUCCUUUCUUAUUUACAUCUUGUUUAGGGAUAAAAGUAGAAAAACAAUAUUUUAUGUCUUUUUUUUGGACCAAAGUGUUCUGUAGUUUUCAGCCUUUAGCGUUUAUUAAGACUUUGUUAUCUGGAACGUAACAUACUUGGUGUUUUAAGUGGGAACAUGAAGAACCUUCGUGUUCAGCUACAUUUUUGCAGUUUCAGCGUGAAUGAAAGCAGACUCAGUGAGGUGUUACGACCCUGGCACUUGGAGCCAGUGGUGUCGUAACUCUGCGUGUCCGACAAUCAUUUACCUGCUGUUGGAAUUCAACGGGCUGGAGGUAGAGAUCGCCCCGGUUUCUGCUCCACUCAGAUCACCUGCCGUGCCUUCUUUCUGCUGCAUUUUACGCUUAACAUCAGAGCAUGAACACUUUGUGUCUGUGGAGCAUAACAUGCCUUACUUUAGGUGUUACUGUUUGAACUAGUUUGUGCCUUAUUGCCAUUCAAUCCAAUUCAAUUGAAAAAUACUUUAUUAAUCCCAGAGGGAAAUUAGAUGAUGUUCUCUUUGCUAAAGCUUCAUAGACCUUUGCGUACUGUUUUCUAUCUGAAGGUUUGUUUGGAAGCAAACUUGUUCUGUAUCUUUUAGCAAUAACAGAAAGCAAAUAAAGUGUUUUUGAAAGAA